CUGUGAAAAUUACGCCUGGAUGUUUUUGUUCAUGGAUGGUCGGGUCUUGUGACUGCACUAAGCGCGCUAUCCUGGGAUGUCACUGAACAUGCUUCUCAUAUGGGAAUUUGAAGGAAACUGCCUUGCUCCCUCCUGACUUCAAGAUGCACACUGGGUUCAUACUGACAUUAGGAACAGAAAAAAAUAAUCUUCAGAUACUUAAAUGUCACAUUUGCAUGAGGACAUUUCAAACUGCUUUACUUUUGAAGUAACUUUUUAACUUUACAUACGGUCAUGACAAUGGAAUGCUGCAUUUUCUGCAUUGCAAAGCUUAAUCUCAGCACAGAUAGAGGCUACACUGAUCGCUGUCCUAAUAUGGCCUUUAACUAAAUACCUAAGACAUAUGAUUAUUGGAAUGCUGUAGUCUAUUUAGGAUGUUUUAAAGCCUCACUUACGGACAAGCAAUAAAGAUGUUGUACUUGGCGACAUCAAGCGGUGUGUUUUCAAACUACAAGUAAUAUCGCCUUUCCCCCAUGCGUCCACAGUAGUCUAUAAGUGCAUACAAACACAUUUUUACAGUUUUUAUAUUAGUUCGUCAAUAAAUAUGAUUUUGAAUUAAGCUGUAAACUUGUAUUUAUAUUAAAUGCCGAAUUAAAUUCUAGGAAUUUUCGCGCACCUGUUGUUAAGAUGUCAAAAUGUCACGUGCAUACUAGGGGCUUAAUAACUCACAAUAAACAAAUAAUAAAGUUAGUUUGCAAAUUGCAACUAACAACUAUAUUGGUAAUUCGGUUGCACCAUUUGUUCCACUUGAAGGCAUAGUCAGUAAACUCUCCUCGGAAGUUAUAUUUAGUCGCAUAAUAUGACGUUAACCACUAAUUAUUUCCAGUGAUCUAAUAUUAUAUUCCACUAAUGUUAUAUUUUAUUUAACGAGAGUACAUGCCAACAACAUCAUAUAUGUGUACAUUAAUGACAUCUGUCAGGCAAAACGUUGAUGUAACGUUAAUUCAAUCAGCGGGCCAAAUUUCCGUUCGACAUUUGAUCUUCUACCGUUCUGCGCAACCGUUACCUUAGAAACAAGUUGACAACAACUUUCAGGCAAGUUAGUCAGCCAUGUAUCCAAUUCCUACUGCUCUAGAAAUGAAUUUAAUUCAAGAGUCGCAUUAUUUGUUGUCGGGAGUGUCGUUCUAACUGUUAAUAACUUUAUCUUUAGCCCCAAAAAGUGGAUGUUUUAACUACCGCUACAGACUGUUAUUUGUGAUAGACGUGGAGAGGAAAUGCAGUAACUCCUGCGAUACAAAGGAACCGUAGAGAUUUUAUCAAACGAUGUCGCACAGCACAUACAAUACACUUUGGUCUGAAGCUCAUGAGGAGCUCAGCUGUUUGCUGGACGAAGAACUCCCAGAAGAACCUCCCCGUCCUGAGAGAGACAGAGUGGUGUUCUUCCAAAGGCUCGCCACCUUCUAUGUCCGCUAUGUGCAGAUCUUCAGGCAGCUAGAAGAGGCUUAUGACCAAAGCGUUCACCCCCAAAAGAGGCGUGCGAUUCGGCAGGUGCUGGACAGUGUGAUAGGCCGUGUUCUGGAGCUCAAGAACGAAAUGGUGGAAAAGGAAUUUUCUGAGUACCACUACAUGGAUGACAUCAUCCAAGACCUGAAACUAACCCCUGAGGACCUUGAGAUUCCAGUUCCCAGGUAUUUCAUUUGGGAGCGGAACAAAGUGCUGCAGGACAGAGAAAGAAUGUUUGCUGCUAUAUUAAACCAAAUGGAUGUGACAGAAAAGCCUCCUGUAAUGCGCAUGUUGACUCUGGAGAGGGCCAUUAAAAUCAUCCAAGUGGCUGAAAGAGCACGGCAAGGACGACUGAGGGCAAAGUUCAUGCGAGAGAUCCAUAGAGACUCUGAGAGACAGAGGAGAGCUGAGGAACAAGAGGCAGUUAGCACUGACCAGGCCGCAGUUUGUAUCCAGAAGGUGUGGAGAGGUUUCAUGCAAAGAAAAAUUACAAAAAGGCUACGUGAAGAGGAAAUUAUAUUUCUUGGAAUGGCCAUGGAUCCAAAACUGUUCUAUCCAUCCCAAACCGAACUGGACGCUUUAAACAACGAGGCCAACAGGCGGACCAGACAAGACGAACAUGAAGAUGACUAUCAGAAAUCCAUUGGAUCUGUUAUUUAUCAGCUCAGGGAAGUGGAGGGCCCAGAAAUGAAGGAGACCAUGAAAGAUCAGAUCCGACAGUGGUUCAUUGAGUGCCGUGAUGCAACAGGCUCAUUUCCUGACUACCCAGAGGAGGAGAAUGGAGGCUCAGCUCUUAUAUUCGCAGAGAAAACACCUGAGGAGCUGGCAGAAGAACUGGCAGCAAAGGAGGAGGAAGAUGCCAACAAAAAACCAAAGGGCAAGGAGGAGACAAAAGAAAAAGGAAAGAAAGAGAAAGUCGAUGACGAGGAGGAAGAGCCUGGACUGAAGAUGCUACCAUCUGCCUAUCUGGAAGAUAUUGAGAGGGGACACAAGACAUUUUCUGAGGUUUGGAAAAACAGAAAUGAGACCAAGAAUUUUAGUCAAAGACACGAGCUGGAGCUGAUCAAGGAGGAAAAAAGAAAAGAGAUUGAGGUGGAAAUAAGAAAACAGGUGGAUGAACUGAUGAGACAGGAACUGGCUAAUUGGAAGCUGGCUGUGGAUAAAGAAAAAAGCGGAAAGGUCAAGGGUGCUGCAAAAAAAAAGAAAGCAUCAAAAAGUGGAAAGAAGAAGAAGAAGGACAAAGACCUUACAGCGGAUAGGACCAUUGAGUCACUGUUUGAAGAGCUGGUUGAACAGGAAUUGCUGAAAAAGGCAGAUAAUGUUAAACUAAAAGAUUAUCUUGGGGACUAUAGCUAUCUCGGCACAACUCUACGACAGUCUGACAUUGAGCCUAUGCCGUCCUUAUCUGAUGUUCGGCAAGUUGUAGCACUCUAUGCUGUCUUACCAUUAGGUUCCCAAGCAGUGCAUGAGAAGGCUCCCCUGGUGAAGACCAUGCUGCUAGUAGGUCCAUCAGGGGUGGGUAAGAAAAUGUUGGUCCAUGCCAUUUGCCAGGAGACUGGAGCCAAUCUGUUUGACCUUUCACCUUUAAAUGUGGUUGGAAAAUACCCUGGCAAGAGUGGAUUGCAGAUGAUGCUGCAUGUGGUGUUUAAGGUUGCCAAACUGAUGCAGCCUUCUGUAAUAUGGAUUGGAGAAGCUGAAAAGAUGUUUUACAAAAAAGUACCAAAAGAGGAGAAGGAGUUAGAUCCGAAACGUCUGAAGAAAGAUUUACCCAAGAUCCUUAAGUCCAUCAAAGGAGAAGAUUGUGUUUUAAUAGUAGGAACGACAAGUGAUCCACACAGUGCAGACCUGAAAUCCUUGUGCAAAUUCUACAAUAAGAUCAUCCUCAUACCUCGGCCAGACUAUGCAUCAAGAUACGUAAUGUGGAAAGAGCUGAUAAAAAAGAAUGGAGGAGAAGUAACCAGUGCCCUGGACCUCAGCUCUCUGGCAAAGAUCUCUGAUGGCUACACUCAAGGUCACAUGGUGCAGGUGGUGCGUAGCAUCUUGACCGAACGGCGCAUUCAGCAAUUUCCUAAACGUCCACUAACAGCCUCAGAGUUUGUGUCUCCACUUGCAAGAAUCGACCCUGUGUUUCAGGAGGAAGAAGAGGCAUUAAAAAACUGGUAUGCCAAGACUCCCCUUGGAAAGAAGAGAAUUAAAGCUGCCUCAGGGAAAGAGGGUGAUGAAGAGUCCUCAAAAACAGGGAGCAAAGGUGGCAAGAAGAAAGGAAAAAAGUAACAAUAUAAGUGUUAACAUGAGCAACCAUAGUACCACAUUUCCCUGCCUUUACCAAUAAAUGUAUCAAUUUGCUUAUGACAUCAUCUUAUGACAGUAUGCAUGUUUUUUGUUCAGUUGUAGAUUAAAAUCCAAAUUGAGGGGUGGAAAAGAGCUUGUGGGUCUAUAAAUACACAGAUACCAUCUCCAUUAAAGAGGAAAGGCGUAUCUCCUAGUCCAUUUAAGAGUGUAAACCCCAGCGUGAAAAACAUGAUCACAGGGCU